AUGCGGCGAGGGUACAUCUGGGACCACGACGCGUUGGGUAACCUGGACGAGCAGGAGAUUAACGACGAGACGCAGAAAGUUCAGGCGUGCGCGAUGCUGUGCGCCGCCACGCCGGAGUGCUUCAUCUGGCAACUGAGAGUCGUGGAGGAAGGAGCCUUUUGUCGCAUGUGGCGGGAGGAGCAGAGCCCAUGCCUAGCGGACCCUUCAGACGGCGCCAACCCAAUCCAUUACAACCCCACACCCCCCUGGAAGGGCGUGUUCGGCUUUGGGGGCGGGUGCAACCGCAGCAAGCGGGGUCGCGGCACUGAGAGCACAGCAGCAGGGCAGGGAGGCGCCGGGGGGAAUGUUACAGCGGUGGCAGGAGGGAGGGGAGGGAAUGGGAGUGUGGCAAAAGGGGGAAGGGAUGGGCGGACGCGGCAGCAGGGGUAUGAGGGGAAGCAGCAGGAGCUGGAAGCGCAGCAGCUGGUGCCGCAGGCGCACGCGCAGGGAGCAAGAGGGAGGCUACCAAUGCUGACAGUGGAAGGAAUGGCUGGGGUGAAAACAGACCCCAAUGCCACAGCCGCAUGCCCGGAUCUCAUGUGCAAUGUGGCAAUCAAAGGUAUCUUCUUUGACCAUGAGGGGAAGGGCCAUCUGGGGGAGAACACAACUGGCCCGGCCAACCGUGCCCACAGCUGCUGGAUCAUCUGCCGGAAGACCGAGGGCUGUGCGUUUUGGAGUUAUCAUCGGGAGAAGCCAGAAGGUCAUUGUACAAUGUGGAGUGAGCAGCAAGACCCCUGCAAGCCUGCAGACCCCAGUGACCCUACAACUGCACGCUACCGGCCCUGGCCAGAUAGAGAAUACCUUGUUGGCGGGCACUGUAAAGCAUCCAGCCCGUCGCUGCUCGCGCGCGAGACGUCCUUCGACUCGGAGUCGCCGUUAAUGAAGCGACCCUGUGCGCGUAAUAUCAGCGGGUCGCAUCGCGCAUCGCCUAGUACUGCCUUCCCAGACAGUCGCGCACUCGCUAUUGGCAGCGGUUGCGACACGCCCCCUGUUCUCGUGCUCGAAAGAGAAGGUGAGGAAGACGACGGCAUUCCCUCGCCGCAUCCGAAGCUAGCAAUUCCCAGGCAUGGGGCACACUGCUACCGCAAUCGCCGUUUCAAGGGCGUGCGACAGCGAAAAUGGGGCAAGUGGGUAACCGAGAUUCGCGACCCUCGCACGAAGAUUCGCGUGUGGCUGGGAUCGUACGAAACCGCGGAGGAAGCAGCGCGAGUGUAUGAUAUGGCCGCGCGGAUAAUAGGGGGAGGCCGCGGAGGCGCCGCCUGCGGAAAGCUCAACUUCCCCGACGAGGCGCAUCCCGUCGCCGUUCCGCGCGCCAUUGCGGAAACGCUGCUCCGCACGGUCCGCGAAAGCAGAGCCCUGUGCGCUGCAGAUGUCGCAGGGGGCGAGCGCCUCGUCGUCGCAGGCGACGCCGCGGACGACGGGGGCGACGCGCGCGACGGCGCGUGCGACCUGCCUGCGAGUUUCUCAAGCGACGUGGUUCGUCUGGAGGCCGUGGGCGACAGCGUGGUAGUGGCGGAGUGCCCCCCUGCGGCGGCAGUUGCGCCGCUUGGAAUGAUCUCCGUUGUGAAGGAGGAGGCGCAGACUAUCCCAUACCUGGACACCAAAAUGCUACUUGACAUGAAGCCGAGUGCUCCUGAGAAGCCACGUGGUGCUGAGAGGCCAUGUGUCCCCCUGGGUCGAUCCGCUCCUUGGGAACUGUCAAUUCCUGUGCACCCAUCGGCCGGAGGGAGUGGUGCAGAUCCCGAGUCUCCCAGAAGCCCUUCCAGCAGCAGCAGCAGCAGCGCCAGCGAUUUGUCGUCUGCCGGACACUCCCUUUCUGCUGAGACCUCGGAUGUGCUAGAUGGUGAUCAUCAUCAGGUCUCCACACUGCCUACAGAUGAGAGCCACAGCCUCCCAGCCAGUGCUGAUUCUGUACUGGCAUGCCAGGCGCAGGUGGACAUGCUCGCAGACAUCAUGAACCUUCUGGAUGAGCACUUGCCGGCCAGGCUCACUUCUCUGACGGAUUCCGGCAGGUCUGACGGCCAGCUAGACGGCACGCCUGAGGGUGGCGCUGCUGCGCAGGAGGCUAUUCUCUGGGCACUGGCACAUUCUCAGGGUGCUGCAGCCGGGCGACAAUCCCAAGGGGUCGGUGUCCCUGAGGCUGUGGCUUGCCCUGCUGGGUUGUCGUCGGCGCAGGAGGUGUGUGAGGGCGAGGCGGAGCUGGUGAAUGUGUCGCCUUGGGGUUUGUCACCAGCAGCAGUUGGGUUCGACCUCUGGAGCUGA